AUGGAAACUGUCACUCUGGAACAUGAUAAUGACAACAGUGUGAACAAAUCAGGAAAACGAAUUUUUAUACCUGCUAUAGGCUCACUAGGAGAUGUGAAGCCUUAUCUAAUUCUUGCUAAAGAACUGAAAAAACAAGGUCAUAUAGUAUGGCUUGGCGUACAUCAACGUUUUGAAGAUGAAAUUAAAAAGUACGAUAUUGAUACAGUAGAAAUUGGUGGUGAUAUGGAAGUCAUUUUAUCCACAACGCCUGACGGAAUAGAACUUCAACGAAAUCCAAGCGUCUUCAAAAUGGGCUUAGUUAAACGUGUUUUUUUACCAUUAAUGGAAGAAUGGUUUAAUGGCAUUGCAGCUGGCUCAAAAGACGCUGAUUUAAUUGUUUUAUCAGUAACAUCGGUUUUAGCUGGUUUAAGUUGUAUCGAAAAAUAUUCAAAAACAAAAGCUAUUGGAAUCUACACGUACCCUUGUACACGUACAGCUGAAUUUGCUCCACCUGCUUUUGGUGGGAAAAGUGAGAGCUUAUUUAAUUGGAUUAAUUCAUAUAAAUGGAAUAUUUUUGAGUUUGGAGCAUCGACUAUGUAUAGCGAUAAAAUAAAUCAGCUACGUGCUAAUAUUAAUUUACCACCAAUAAAACUUAACUAUGAUCAAAUGAUUAGAUCUAUUUUUAAAAGGCCAAUCUUAACUGCAACAAUUUAUUCAAAAUGUUUACUAGCAAAGCCAAAUGAUUGGCCUGAAAAUGAAUUUAUGGUUGGUCCAAUUCUUCAGGAAACAGAAGAAGAUCAUGAAUUUCAACCAUCAGAUGAUCUUCGUAAUUUUCUAGAUAAAUGGCAAAAUGAAAAGAUAAUUUAUGUCGGCAUUGGAUCAAUGAUGAAUAUUAUGUUUAAUGCAGAUGAACAAUCACAAUUUCUAAAAAUGACUCAAACGGCUAUUGGAAAUACUAAUUCUAAAGCAAUUAUAUCGCUAGUUGGUUUUCAAAGUAUCGAUGAAAGUAAAUUAUCUGAUCGCGAAAAUAUAUUCUAUCUAAAACAGACUAUUUCACAUUCAUGGUUAUUUCCAAAUAUGUCUUUAGCAAUUCAUCAUGGAGGUGCUGGCACUACCCAUACAAGUUUGAGAUAUGGAUUACCAGCGUUGAUAUUACCUUUUGGAGCUGAUCAACCUUUUAAUGGUGAUCGAGUAUUUAUUAAUAAACUAGGACCAAAACCUAUUCCAAUACGUCAGGUGAAUGUUAGAAAGUUAACUAAUGGCAUACAAGAUCUUAUGAAUAACUAUGCGAUGUAUAAAAAUAAUGCUCUAAAGGCUGGUGAAAAGAUUAAGGAUGAAAAUGGACUUGGUCAUUGUAUUCAACUGAUUGAGAAAACAUUAGUGGAAUGA